CAAAGAUGGAGAAAAUCCCAGUGUUGGUGGUUAUCAUAGGGUGCUUUAUUACGGGGAUUACCCCUACUUCAAGGGAAAUUGUCGCGGAUUUGGAACCACAAAUCAAGGCAAUUCAGGCUAAAAUCUCAACAGUGUACAAAAGUACAAGCGAUACUUUCGCCUCAACUCGAAUUUUAAUCAGGAAUAACAUCUUAAAUGCUAGGAACUUGAGCAGUUACAAGUUACUAGAACUGAGACAUUUCCUCAACCUAGCCCGAGUUGAGACAGCAUCGGCCCGCCCGAAAGUCCGGGCCUGUAUCACCAACCAAAACACCGAAUUUGCCAAGCUUUUGCCUGGGAAUUACCUCACUUGUGAGGCCAAUUUUAGUGACCUCGUAGACAUCCAGAGUGACAUUUUGAGGUUGCAAAAAAUCGGUCAAGACUUUGUCCAGUCUUGCAUUCGAAUGAAUCCUCUCUGGAGCGAAAGGCUUAAUCUUCGGGUGUGUCUACAAGGCAAAAUCCGCGAUCUUGCAACCCAAUUGUUUAACUUAGAGAAAGAAUUCACAAAUGGGGUUAAAAAUCUGGUUAACUUUUCAACUUCGUGCGUCGUUGAGACAAGUGGGAGGCUCUUGAAACAAAUUGGUGCAAUUGAAGGUGCUAUCAGGAAUUGCAAAUAUUUCUCCUAAUCUCAAGAGCCUCUUGAAGUCUCAUAUAAAUUCCGUUUUUUCGCUCAAAGUGUGACAGUUAAAAUGUUGAAAUUGGUUUCAGUUGUGAUUCUGGGGGCCCUAUUCCAGGUAUUACCAAUUAUUUUUUUUUAUUUACUUGAGUUUGGUUGUAUUAGGGUUGCUUUUGCCUCAAUCGUCAAGACGUUAUAAACGAGUAUUCGCCGAUUCUUGCUGCAAAAACUGCAAAUUUCAGUCAAGAUGCCAAAAACAUUCAUUCGGAGCUUGUAGUGGUUGAAAAUAUUUUGAAGAAUGACACUUUGAAUACAAUGACGUUUUUGAACACCCAGAUUGCGGCUGUUAAGAAAACUAUAACUGAUGCCAAAACGGCUUCUGCUAAUAAAACCACCGUUUUGAAUUGUUUGAGUGUCCAGGAGAAGGCAGCGGCGGCAUUGUCGGCGUCUGCUAUCAACUCAACUUGUUGGGUAACUGCUGAUUUUACUGAAUUAGCAGCAGCUGAAACUGAUUUAAAAACUUUGGCGACUAUUCCCAACAAUACUAUAUCGGCGUGCCAGACCCUGGACCCCCUUAGUCCCAGUCAAGAUCAGCUGUUUCUGGACUGCAUUGAAGCAAAAAUUCUGGAUUUGGAUACUCAAGUCGGAAUUUUGGAAACUAAUUUUGCUAAUGUUAAAAAUGCAACUGUCACUUCAACAAUCAAGUGUAUAACAGACGUGAGUUCUCCAAUCGCUGCGAAAAUCAACGAAAUCAGUUUUCAAGUCACACUUUGCUUAACACUAGGAUAAGAAUAAAAACGUUUUGUAAAAA